UUUCUUUUAGUUUGGACUACUUGUCCCAAGAUGCAGUUCCACACCCCCCGUUCCCUAGUUACUGUCUCCAAGCGCUGGAGUCAGUGUUUGGAGAAAGAGAUUAAGGCUUAUCAAAGUUUUGGCUUUGUUGCAAAAGCCAGUCGAGGCUUAACUGUUCUCUGGUGAACCAGUGUGCAGAUUGUGACAUAUGUCUGUCCAACAAAUAAAUAAACAUGCAGUUCUCCCUCCUAUCAUUAGUAGAAGUGACAAGGAAUUUUUGGAAAGUAUGCAAAGAUACAUAAUUACAGAAACUGAAAGAGUGGGCUGUAAUGAGGAAGGACCUGCUGAUGAAUAUUACAUCAUAUACCGAAAUGUUUUUGAUAAGGUAAUAGAGUAUGUCACUGCAUACAAAUCCAUUCUUACUUCAAUCAAAAAAGAAUAUGAUGCCUUUAUUGAGACAAUAAAGGAAAGCCAAAAGACUGCAUUUUGUCUUCAUGGAAAACUUAAAGCUUUGGCAGCAGAGCCCAUAGCGUUGGUAUAUCACAGGAAAAGAACAAUCCAACUUGAAGCAAAAAUGAGGGUUAUUGAAAAUAAUUCCUCACAAAUUCAAUUGCAAAUAGACCAAAUGAAGCAACUUAGGGCAGAGUAUGACACAAAAGAAGCAAAAUAUCAUACUUUCUCCAAAGAUCCUUCAAAACCUAUUCCAGGCAUGACUCUCCAAGAAUCCGUCAGUUUAGAUGCUCUCACUAAAUACUUGAAACAUCUUGAAGAUAAAUAUGCCGAAAUUAAACAGGUUAUGUUGAAAAAAUAUGUACCAGUUCAGAGGAAGGCAGAUUUAGAUGAGGAAAUGAUGGUGACAUUAAAACGGAGAGAUUUAGCUGAAAAUUUAAACAAAGAAUUACAGUUUCGUCAUCAAAGACUGCAGAUUAUUUCAAAUGCACUUACUUCAUGGGUAAAAUCUGAUAUGAGCAGCUCAUUUCAAGAUUUCGUGGAGCAAAUUCAGAAAAGUAAAGAUUUACAUGGUGACCAAGGCAUUAUUGAGGAACUGCUUGAAGAUGAUCCAGGCAAGGCAAAAGAAGCUGAAAUUUUGCUUUCCUACAUUGAAAGGUUCAAUGAAUUAAUGUUGCUUGGUGAAUAUGAAAAGGCAGCUUGUUUUGCAGCACACAGUCCUAGAAGAAUUCUUCAAAACAUUGGGACAGUGAAUAAAUUUAAGGCUGUUGGAAAAAUUAGAGGAAAGUCUUUUCCAUUACUCUUAUUUUUUGAGGCCAUCUUUAGCACAAGUCAUGCAUGCAGACGUCCUAUUGAUGCAGAACUGACCCUGGAAGGAAUCCAAUGUGGAUUAUCUGAAAAACGUUUAGAUUUAGUUAUCAAUUGGGUCACUCAGGAAAGGCUCACAUUUUCUGAGGAGGCUGGGGAUGUCAUUUAUGAUUAUGGGGAGCAGGAUACUUAUAACAAGGCCAAAUGCCUGGCUUUAGCUCAGAUUAUCUACACUGAAUGUGGCCUGCACAAGAAAGCUCUUCUUUGCCUAUGUAAACAGGGUCAGAUUCAUGGGGCCAUGGAAUACAUACAACAGUUCAAGGACUUUACUUCCGAUGACCUGAUGGACCUAAUCAAGUUAUGUCCUCACACUGAAUUAAUUCAGUGUCUCACUAGAGAAUGGAACGGGAAACCACCAUCUUUAUCUUUUGGUCUUGCUAUACUUCAUCUGUUCUCUGUAGAUAUGAAAAAAGUUGGCAUUAAGCUACUUCAAGAGAUAAGUAAAGGUGGGAAAGAAAAAAUAUUUGUUACAGAAACCCCAUCAUUACGAGGUCUCUCUCUAUCAGAGAUAAGAUGGAGGGUUUACCAAAGAGGUUUUUAAGCACUUGGGUCAGCACUACUAGGGAAUUUAUAAAAGAAUUUGAAGGAUCAUGAAAACUAGACCUGUAAGCCCUCAAUUACAUGAUAGUGUCUAAUGGUACCUUGUAGACUCUGAAUAAGGCUGAGCCCUCAUUCUUCAUUUUCUAAGCUCCCUUCCUUGUAACUUUCAAUAUCUGCUAGCCUUACCAAGAAGGAGAUGAGUAAAGGUGUGGGAAUGUGAGACAUGGUAGAGGGUUGAAGUGAGGCAUGAAAAGGUUCAUGAAAAAGCAGAAGAAACUAACACUUGAUUACUUACCAUGGGUUGGAUGAAGCACUCCACAUUAAACUUAUAGGAAUCAGGUUUAAUAGUAAGUGAGUUGAAAUGAUAUCCCUUUCUAUUUUUGAAGAAUUGUUAAAUAUGGAUUUUCAAAUAAGAAUAGGCGACAUACUAUAAUAUUAUAAU